UAAUAUAUAAGGGAUUAAAUCUGCCUUGUUUUGGUUUUUCUACUAGAAGUAAUGUAUAGAUCUCUCUAAGCAAAAAAAAAAAGUAAUGUAUAAAUCUUCACUUAUUAAAAUCGGCUGCUUACGUGGAAAAAAAUCAAAUAAAAAUGUAUAAAUGUAGCACACCCAAACAUAUAUAGUGCAAAAAAACAUGUUUCGGCGUGUUAUUGCAGUUCUUUUUUAUAAUAAUCUGAUUUUUGUUAUUAAAAACUUAUAGUUUUUGCUUUGUAAUUAAGUCACUUCAGUUUGGAUACUUUGUACUCCAAUAUUGUUUUGUUGUUUUCUCGCACUGUCUGAAAAACCGUAAUGUGGAGACAAAACUGUAGGUUGGAUCUUUGAAAUACGAGUCCGUCAUGAAAAUAUAUAUAGAUUUCAGGCAAAGAUCUCCAGUUUUCAUCCGUAUAAUACUCGUAAAAUAAUCACACCACACCAUAUUUUAAUGGUAGUGGUGUCUUAUUAGCUCGAUCACAUAAUACGUAAAUGAUAAUUAAUUUGAUGGUCCACUGUCUUCAUCACCUCUACGGCCACACAUAUCCUACGAUUGUGUAUGUGUUUAGUCUCUAUAAAAUAACGUAUGGUGUAGUCUAACAUAAGAGUAUUUAUAAACCAUAAAUUUUGUCAUAUUAUUAGCCUAUUAGGAUGAUUGAAAAACAUCGAACUUAUUAAUUUUGUAGACUCGUGGAAAAGCUUAGGUUACGUUUGGCAUUAAGUUUAGCUACUAUCGAAUCGAAAGCUCCCCAACUAAUUAUUACGACAUAAACAUUUAACAUUAGUAUAGAUAUAUAGAGUGAAGACAUAAGAGUAACUAAAGUAAAAGAGAACUUUCCCCAUCAAAGUCUCUCCCUCUUUACUCAUGGACUGGAUGUAGCUUUCUCACAUUCAAUGCUUUAACCAUAUUAUACUCCCACACAUACAUGAUAUAUGUAUAUGCGUCUCUCUUUAUAUAUGAGUACGUGCGUGUAAAUCUACAUACUUCCCUCCCACACAGAAAAAAAAAAACUCUUUGCUUUUUCUGUUAGAAUUAUACAAUCUUUGUGUCUGUACACAUGCGUCCCCUACGCGUGUGUGACGGAGAGAGGAAAAUGCUUGAUGUCGAUGAAGCUUAGGCCAAUGGUGGCGAGAGAGACUUCGGACGCGGCUUUGCCCUGGCCAUUUAGGGAAGAUAGAGCGUUUGCGGCGGUUGAGUAUGGCGGUGGAGGUAGUUGCAUGUGGCCGCCUAGGUCUUACUCGUGCAGCUUUUGCGGGAGAGAGUUCAAGUCAGCGCAAGCACUAGGUGGUCAUAUGAACGUUCAUCGAAGAGACCGAGCUCGUCUUAAACAACAACCUCUAUCAUCUUCAUCAACUGACCAAGCCAUGCCUAUCGAUUACGAUCAUCAACAGCUACAAAAGCGACAAGAAGUUCUUGACGUGGGAUCAAAGUUUCUUGCCCAAGAAGAUUUAAGAAAGGUCAAUGGAACUAAGAGGGAUAUAAGUGAUGUUGAUGAUAGUAACGUUUUAAAAAGUUCUAUGAAAAGAUUAGAGCAUUACAAUGAUGAAGUCAGGACUGAUCUAUCUGUAGGUCUAGUGAGUUCUGAGUUCGAUUCUCGGAAGAAGCAACCAAUCAAUGGAUCUUCGUCGUCCAAGAAGGCAAAGACUGAUGUUUCAAGAUUGCCACUGAUGUUAGGAUUGGUCAAUGGAGUAUCCAAGAUCAACGGUCAUCACGAGGAGCUGGAUCUUGAGCUACGGCUAGGAGGUUAUCCGUCAAAAGUCAACUAGCCUAAGUAGUUAUAAUAAUGACAAUAAUAGUUAGUGUGAUUGCCAAAAAAAAGAAGCUUAAUUGUCUGUAAUUUCAAGAGGGGAAAUAGUAGCUUCUGUAGUGUUGGUUUUGUUAUAGUAAGAUUUUAUUUUAUACCCUGAGCGAAGACUUGAAUACAUUAAUUUGACAUUAGAAAACUAAAUAUAAAUUUGAUGAAAUUUGCCUUAAUAUUAUUCCAUGUGAACUCCUAAGACUAUGCACAAUGGUUUUCGUUAUUCAACGGACUUUUUUUAUUUUUUUAUUUUUUUCACAUAAUUAUUUAAUUUUUAAUUUUUCAAAAUUUAUGUGUCUAAAUUAAAUGAACCAAGUCUCUAUUUAUAAAACAUAAAAAUGAUGAAUCAUGAUGUAAAUAAUUAAAAAAAAAAGAAAUAUUAACUACAACAUAUUACAUAUUUCAUUUGAAACAAACAGGGUGAAAAAAAUAUUACUAAACUCAAAAAACCAAUUAGAAUUAAAGAAUUAUAUUGAUGUUUAAAAGAAAUAUAAUUUUCAACUAUUCACUCUCUUUUUGAAAGCGUGGAAAACACAUAUUGAUUUUAAUUGGUCCAAUAUUUUGUAUGCAGAUCUCACUUUUAUGUUUUUAACUAGUUGAAUAGAUUCAACAAUAAUUAAUCAAAACUCUCCUUUUCUUUUUCAACAUUACUAUUGUAACCACGUAACAGUUAAAAAAUGUCUCAACUGAUCCAUUAAAUAUAAUCUAAUACUCUAUCUGUUUCUUAAUAUAAUAUGUUUUGAUUGAAAGCGUAAAAAUUAAUAAAUUUACUUUGUAAAAGAUAAUAUUAUUAAAUAUUAUACAUUAAACAUAAAUUAACCAAUCAUAAAUAAUGCAGUAAAAUGUAAUUGGUUGACAAAUUUUAAAUUAAGUUAAAAUACCUUAAAAAUAUCAAAACAUCUUAUAUUUUGAAUCAUGAAAAUUUCUCCAAACAUCUUAUAUUGUGGAACAGAGAGAGUAUUUUUAAGAGAAAUUAGAGAGUAGACGUCAUCAUAUAAUCAUUUUUUUGGGUAACCCAGUUAUCAUAUAAGACCAUAAUUAACGGUAUCCUUUAGCAUGACUCUUAAGGGGUGGGACCCACAUUUUUAUUAAAAUUCAGUUAUUCCUUCUCUUCCACAAGAGGCGAAUCUGCUUUGGUUCUGGUACUGUUCGCGGAUUCCACUGACACGUGGCGGUCCGCGAAUGGUUCGUGUUUAAUUUAAAAAAAAAAUCAGAUUAAAAAAAUAAGAACCCCCUUAACCCCCCUACCAAUCAUGCUCUAAGCCUACGAGGAAAUUAGAAAAACAAAAACUUAAUAUUAAUUGUUUGAUCAAGCGAUAACUAAAAGACAUAUAAAAAAAUAGCUGAUAUCUAUAUUUUAUUGACGGGUUUUGCUAAAGUAACGAAUAACGGAAAGGCAAUCAAUUUUACUAUCAACUUAUAAGGGAUGGCCACAUGACCUCAAAUCUAAAUAAACAUUCUUACUUAUAUACAUCACAGUGGCGCAUGGAUUUAUAUGAUAAGAUUGUUUUGACUCUUACUCUUACCGUUACUCUUUACAUGUUUGAAAAUAGUACGUAGGAGUUUGAAAAUUUACUUUUCUAGUAGUUGGUUUUGUAGCCAUGAGACCAUCUUUAUUGGGAUUACUUAGGUCUCUCAUCAAUAAAAUAACUCAAAAAUAGGAAAAAACUGGAGAGAGGAGAAAAUCGUUCUUCACACAGAGACUAUACUAAAGUGUAGAGGGACUCAGACUUCCACUUGACAACAAAUUAAUGGUUCAACUGAUUUUUACUUUUUAAAAUAUAUUUAUACAGCCAAAAUAUUAUUAUUGUUAUUUUUAAAGAAAUUUGUGUGGUUUCUACCUACCCUGGAUGUUCUAAAACUACCCAUGAGACAAAUAGUGUACCGUAAUAAACUUAUUUAUUUCCUUAUUUCUCUCGGUAACAGGGAAAUGCUCUAUCAAAGUAUUAAUGAUCGAAUUAAAUAGAAAUGCACUGAGCAUAUGAGGGGACAGAUGAUUAUUAUUUGGUUCACACCAACUUUGCAGAUCUGAACAUAUUACACACACUGUUUGUAUACAUAUAUUUAGAUUUGUAACCUGUAACUGUGAUAAGGGUAAAAACUGAUUGAUCGAAGUGAAAGUGGUCUUUUCACAUUUACAGCUCCUUAUAUAAACAUAUGCCAACGUUUGUAUAUUGUAAUUUUACCUUUGUUUUUUGUCUGUUUUUUUUUUCAAAGACAAUUUGAUAAACUUGUGUUAGUGGAUCUAAAUACGAUUUAUUGAACCGUUUUGAGGGAAAUAGAACUCACGUCUUCUAGUCUGUAGAGUUGUAACAAAUAUUAUAAAAUUUAACAUCAGAUUUAAA